AUGUCCUUUGAAGGCGAUUCGUCCCAGCAGACUUUGCUCAGAUCAUCCUACACAAUCGAAAUCAGCCCAAGGGGCUCUGUGGCCUCAGGCGAUCCAUCUAACUUGGCUUCUCGCGAUGAGCCUUACGAAAUACCUGAGACCCCGCCCGGAUCUUUGCUACCACUUGUCGGUACGAAGGAGUCAUUCUCAGACGAUGACGACGACUCAUGGAUGAACGAAUUCGUCAACUUUCGUCAAGAAGACACCCAAGAAGAAGGCACUCAAGGACUCGCCCCGAUCACUCAGAUCUCCAAUGACUAUCACGAAGACAAAUUCCAAGAUUUAUCGAGUCCACAGACAACCAUCAAGUCCACAGAGCUUGAGAAACCCACGACAGAGGACGUGCCACCUCUGGAAGACGACUACGGACUUGAUGACUCCGAUGAGGAAGACAUGUUGCAGUUGGCGGAUAAUCAAGACUUUGAUCUCUCAAGAGUCCCGCCCGCUAGCGUGCUCCAAAGAAUGGAUCGGGAUUCAAGAUCGCCGGCAAGCUUUGACUCGGGACUUCAGCAUUCGACUUCGACCGAGAGCCACGAGAAUACAUGCGAAGAGCCCGACCUUCUUGACGAAGACGUCGACUGGGACCUCGUCACGGCCUGCGUAGCAAAGGUCCCCGCCAUUCCCAACGAACAUCAGCCCGACCCAGUCGGAAGCACGGUUCAUGCUCUACCAAUCAUGAACCCGUUCGCCAGACCUCCAUUCCCUGCAAAGAUGCGCGAUCGUUCAGUCGUGGUUGGCUUCUCUUCAACGGUCAUGCUGCGAACCUGCUUCAGGAUCGGGGAGCUGCUCAACGCACACACGAAAUGCAGUCGCGACAAGCAAGACGUCAUCCUGGAGCUUUUCGCCCGAGUCACCUAUUCCAACCGAGACAGCACCGCGAAAACCCAGCACUUUCAGAUGAAGGACCUGUUUACUGAUCGUCAGCCGUUUUUGUCCGGCACAUUCAAUAGCUGGAAAGUCGGUGGACUUGUCGACGAACAGAGCAAGGCCUUUCUUGGCCAUGGCGGCAAGGAGAAGCUGUGCCGCUGUGUCUGCAAGCUGUCAGAUGACCAGAAGAGCCCGAUCGGGCGUUCAGCAACAAUUUUGUCUAUCAGAGAGACAGACUGGGAUGAGAUUCAGUGGGCACUGAGGGUUGUCGCUAGGGAUGCGGACGAUGAUGGACAUGAGGAGUUGACUUCUUCGGCAACAUGA